CAGCAACAUGGGGAAGUGAUCCGGCAUCUGGGAAUAGAAUAAACCCUCUCCUCUCUUUCAGUCUCCCUGUGUCGGGUUUUGAAGACGACUCAUGAGCCGCACUCAGAGGAAGCUGCAGGUGAUUGUUUGCCAGGUUUCCCGGGUGACAAAAGAGCAUCAGGAAAACAAAUCUGUCAGGUGGAGAAGAGCGUAAACAAAAGGGAGAGGCUGAAUGAGCUGGAGUGAGAGAGAUCAACGGGCGGGUGUGACCACAACACCACACCUCGGACUGGGACUGCCUCAGGAUCUGCCGUGGCCCCAUGGUCUACCUGGCUCACACGGCCCACGCCCAGCUCGGCGCCCUCUGGUUGAGCUGCGUGGGCUGGACUCUCACGGCCGUGGCGCUCGGACUCAUCCAGUGGAGGGUCUGGCUGGUGUCUGAAAGUGUCAUCAGCUCCGGCCUGGCCUGGGUGGGCAUCUGGAGGACCUGCUUCUACAGCCACACCCUGGUGUCCGCGGGGUUCAAGGUCAUGCACUGCAGGUACAUCGGCCUGACCGAGGCCUUCACACCACCGGAGAUUCGGGCGGGUCAGGUUCUCAUGGUGCUGUCCCUGCUGGCGGGGCUUUGUGGGAACGCCAGCGGAGUUUACGCCCUGAGGAACGUCUACUUCGGGAUUGGGAAAGAAACGCCAUUGCGCUUGUCCUUCUCCACCGCUGGAGCUCUGUGCCUGUUGGCUGCUUUGAUGUCUCUCAUCCCUCUGGUGUGGAAUCUGACCUCAGUGGUGACCAAUCAGAACAUCAGCUUCCCCCCUGAGUUCAAAAUGCCCCAGGGGCCGGAUUCCCAGUAUGCGGGGUGCGGCAUAGGGGUCGGGAUGGUGGGAACAAUCAUGAUGAUUGUCUCUGGGAUUAUUUUCUGUAUGUACAAAAUACCAGCGAGGCCUCAGCGCGAGAUCCAGCCAUCUCUCAAAGAACAGGCGCACGUGGACAGGUCAUCACGUGCACAACCUGCGCCUGACAGUCAGGGGGGGGGAAACAACCCAGCGUUUGAGGCCCACGAACACUUGUGAUCAGACCACAGAGGAAACACAUGUUGAGAUAUUCACAGUUUAAAAGGCUGUUUACAUUGUGUCAAGUUGGACAAGUUGUGUGUCUCUUGCGCCAUAAGCUGAGUUUAUGUUUCAGCAACACUGCAGCUCUUUGAUUCCAGUGACUCACCUGCUUUCACGCCCACAGGAGGGUUGAAUUGAAUGAUUCACCUCGUUUACUGCAAAUUAACUUGACGCCUCAACUGUGACAAAAAACAGAAGCACAUUGGUUGGAAUUCGGAAAACACCAACUGAAAUACUGGCCUAAUAACACUUUGGUGAUGUAUUAAAUGUUAACGACAGUAACGUCGGUGAGCGAUGUGAGACAGAUUUAAUGUAGCUGUCAUUAUAAUCAAGCUGUAAGGCUUUUUAUCUUAGUCUGUUACACAAAUGUGUGCAUAUCAAAUGCACAUCAUAACUUAGGCUGUAAAAAAGUAUUGUAUUGUGUCAAUGUCCUUCCCUUCCUCCUCAGAUUUUGAAGCUUUUUGCAUUAUUAAUUCAAAAAUGUUUUACUGUAUUAAUUGUGUUCCAUAUUUGGACUCAAAUA